GGACGGUACACUACCCCUUGUAUUUUUUUUUCUUACCAAUAUCAUCUACAAACAUGGUAGGAGACCCAACCAAUCGUGUUCAUCACAAUGUCUUCUAAUCCAUCUAUCAUUCAGGUUCUCGUCAGUGAUAAGAAAUAUGCGUGUGAAACGUGCAUAAAGGGGCAUCGCUCAUCAGCAUGUAAACACACCGAUCGUCCCCUUUUCGAAAUUAAGAAAAAAGGUCGUCCAGUUACUCAGUGUGAGCACUGUAGAGAACUACGAAAAACAAAACAAGUACACGUCAAAUGUUCAUGUGGAUCUCAAGAUCAAGGCACCCCCGGCGCCCACGAGGCGUCCCACAGCAAGAAGGGGAUGCCGAAGUUACCGACUACUGCUGCGUUUCCUAAUGGCCUUCCCGAGGCCCUUGAAACGCUAGCUACAUUGCUGCCGGCAUCGGACGACUCAGAUCACAGCGGUGAAACUUCUCCAACUGGCUGUAGAUGUAGCUCCAGUGGCCCUUGCAAUUGUUGUACCCCUCGCAAGCCUGCCACUCGCCGUCGCUUCUCCGGUGCAGAGCCUCCUAAACGAGACAAACUUCAUUCGGACUCCUCAAAACACCACGAAUCCCUAUCUCCUCCUCUUUCAUCUCACGUCUUAGCACGCAUUGCUGAGCUCCGUCCAGUACUUCCCAGACCGGCUCACAGGCAACUCCCUCUCGAUGGCUCCUUACAUAAUCCAUCUUCGGGCGUCCCUCACGGUCAUAGCAUCCGCCAUCAUAGCUACGACUUCAGUCCUACGGUCGCGCCUACGGGUACACUCACUCAGAUCACCCUCACGAUCAAAAGGGGUCGUCAUUAACUGGUGAUUUACGCACAUUUGCUGGACGUUCUGUUCAAUCCCAACAGCAAGCCCUGAGAAGUCAGACGGUACCAGAUGCCUGGUCGCCUGCUG